AUGGAGGUCAGCACUGUUGAUGCACCAUGGAUGAAUAAGAAAUUAAAGACCCUGAUUGCCAAAAGACAAAAGGCGUUUAAUAAGAAUGGAAACAGUUCCCUUGAUUUUAAAUACUACAGGAAUUUAGUCAACCGUGAAAGAAAGGCAUGCAGAGGGAAGUAUUAUGAAUCAAACAUACAACAUCUUAAGGGUGAGAACCCUAAGAGAUGGUGGAGUGAAGCGAAACGUUUAAGCGGUAUGAAAGAAAAGAACAGCGAUCUGUCCAGUCAAAUAAAAAUCGACAAGUUCUCUAACUUUCCACAACGUGAACAGGCAAAUAUCAUUAAUACAGCUUUCUUGGAGCCCAUUGAGGAGUACAGAUUGGUCCUGACAGGUCCUAACUGUGACAGAAAUGCACGUAGAGAAGGCCCUAACAAAACUUAA